GGACCUCAGAAGUCAGAGCUCCUAGGCGACGCAGGGUGCCGUGACCAUAAUAACCCCUGGACUACAUUAACUCGACCUCAACCCUCGAUGGAGACAAUCCCCUCUCUCUCGAUGUCUUCUCUCCUACCGAUUGCCCCAGUUCUCUCUUCCUCGUCUACCCACCUCUUGUUGCGCGAAUGCCUCUUCUUGGAGUCUUCAUUUUGGGAGAAGCAUCCGCCCAUCGCCAAACACCGUCGAGGGAAACCUUAUCGUCUCAAAGCACUAGUUUUUAUGUGUAAAACGCCCACAAGAGACACACAAGGAUUAGAAUCGCUCGAGUUCAGGAGGAACAGCAGAUUCGGCACCCAGACCGAAGCAGAACUGCUUGAUUUGGUUGAGGAAGAAGAAAGUGAGAUUCUUGAUUUCGUUACUGAAAAUGGCGAAUUGGUAGAAGAAGACUUUGGAACAGCAAAAGGGGAACUUUUGAAUUUGGCGGUAGAAAAUGACAUAUCGCUCGUUGACGAGAAAGAGGAGGAGAACGAUGAGCGCGCAGAACGGGUUGUUCCUAUUGACUCUGCUAACGAACAGGAUGAAAUAUGCACCAAGAGAGACGGUGAUUUGAAUGUUGGUGGUCUGAUCAAGAGGAUUAUCGGCUUACCGAUCGAGGAGCGUGUGAAAAUUCUUGAUCUUUUCGAGUCUGAUGGCAAGAGUUUGACGAUCUCCGACUGCAAUGACAUUCUCACAGCUCUAGCGAAAUCUGGCGAGCAUGAACUUGCUGUCAGUUUCUUCUCUGAACUCCCACGCCUCGGAAUAACACCAGACUCUUGGUCAUUCUCGAUCAUGGUUGAGUGUUUGUGCAAGAAGAACGAACCCGACGAGGCACUGCGAUUCUUAGAAGACAUGGUCCGAAGGGGGUUUCGUCCAAAUGCUGUGACGUUCAACCGUUUGAUGAAUUGCCUGUGCAAGAGGGGGCGGAUGAAGAAAGCUUUUGAGGUUGUCGAGAUCAUGAGCCAGGUGGGGUGCGAGCCAUCGAUCCGCACGUACAACAGUCUCAUCAGUGGAUUGUGUUAUGUUGGUAGGUUGGAGGAGGCAUUUGAACUCCUGAGAAAGAUCAAGAAUUCCUCCACAUCACCUGACAUUUACACAUACAUAUUGGUCAUUGAUGGAUUCUGCAAGGUUGGUAGAUCUGAUGAGGCAAGGGAAUUGCUGGGGGAAGCAGAGGGAAUGGAUCUACUGCCAAAUAUUGGUACAUAUAAUAGCCUUCUCAAUGGAUACUGCAAGGAAGGCAGACCCUUGGAAGGGCUCCAUCUUCUGAAGAGAAUGCAGAGGGGAGAUUGCCCACCAGACUUCAGUAGUUACAGUAUCAUCUUACAGGGCUUGUUGAGAUGUGGUGAGGUUUCUGCAGCUUGGAGGACAUACAGGAAGAUGAGGGAUGCUGGCUUUCAGGUAGAAGAACGUGCAAUGAACACACUCCUCAGAGGUGUUUGCAAGCAACCCGUGAUCGAUGAAAAGGUUCUAAAUGAUGCCAUGGAGCUCCUCGAUGCAAUAACCGAAAUCGGUCAUAAUCCUUCAGUCUAUACUUAUUGCUUGAUGGUCAAAGCUCUUGCUAUUGGUGGCGAAAUCGACAAGGCAUUGUUCCAUCUUCAUGAGAUGGUGAGGAUUGGUUAUUGUCCGAGAAUGAUGACAUACAAUGUUGUUCUUCGGGUUCUCUGUGGAGGAGGAAGAGGCGACGAUGCGUUGGAUGUCUUGGUUCUUAUGAUUGAGAGAGGUACAAUUCCCAGUGGAUCUUCUUUCGGCAUAUUGCUUGGUGAAUUAUGUCAACAAGGGCGAGUUUUGGAUGCCUUUGGGGUUUAUGCAGCUGCCAUUAAAAGAGGUGUAGUUCUCCAUUGGAAGCCAAACAAGGGUUUCAAUGUUCAGACUGUGAUUCAACAUUCGCAAGGUGUGCAAUAAGGAACAGCUUGAUGUGGAGUCUAGAAGGUAGCAUCAAGAGGUUAAACCAAUUGAGAUGAUAAAGAUUUGGUGCUCAGGCAAGUUCAUUGAGAACCUCUAGUAAUCUACUCAAAGUUGUUUCAGCUGGAUAUGUUGCCUAUGACAUCAAAGAAGCUCAGCUGCUUUCACAAGGAGGUGAAGAAGACAACAGAGAUGCACAAACUAGAACUAGGUAAGUGUAAGAAAAUAAACUGAGGAUGUAUAAUACCUUCCACUAUUGUCUAAUUGGUGGAUUCGCACAUUUAAUCACAAGUUCUAUGAGAGACGGUUGUCAAACCAGAAAUAAAUUAUUUUUUCCCAAUA